UUUCCAAUUGUUGCCAGCUUCACGGAGCUUUGCUUGUUGUGUGAAUUGGCAGUCGUACUUUUGUUCAUAUUUCGAAAGUUGAAGUACUUCUAAACUAGCGAUGCGCAUUUAUUUCAGUCCUCAGUGCUAGCCAGUUAGCAUUCUUAUAUUUUGAGUUGGGUUAAACUAAUUAAUUUGCUAACCUUUAAACCGGACUUACCUUGCUAGCCAGAAUUUCUGACAGUUGUAGCUUGGUAUCAUAGCUGUAUUUCGCGUGGUUACCAGAUGACUUGGAACAAAUAGCCGUGAUUGUAACCGUUUUACUCGGGUGAAUUACAGUUUAUUUAGAUACCUAAAUAAGGGCAUCCCUGGCUCCGCAUUUUAGGCUAGAAAACAAACAGCACCUCCAUUACAGAGCGAUUGGGAGAGAGAGAAAGACCACCCGACAAACAUGCCUCGCAUUGAGAACGACAUCAAGCUGGACUUCAAGGACGUCCUGCUUCGUCCAAAACGUAGCACACUGAAGUCUCGCAGUGAGGUGGACCUGACCCGCAGUUUCUUCUUUCGGAACUCCAAGGGUACCUACAGUGGGAUCCCGAUCAUCGCGGCCAACAUGGACACUGUGGGGACCUUUGAGAUGGCCCUGGCACUGCACAAGUUCACUGUCUUCACUGCCAUUCACAAGCACUACUCCGUGGACGAUUGGAAGGAGUUUGCUGCCCAGCACCCCGAUUGCCUGGAGAGCGUGGCGAUCAGCUCGGGGACCGGCGAUGGGGACUUUGAGAGGCUCAGCUCGGUGGUGGCCGCGGUGCCGAAGCUGCGGUACAUCUGCGUGGACGUGGCCAACGGCUACUCGGAGCACUUUGUCCACUUCGUCAAAGACGUACGCGCGAAGUUCCCUUCGCACACCAUCAUGGCAGGGAACGUAGUCACUGGAGAGAUGGUGGAGGAGCUGAUUCUCGCUGGUGCUGACAUCAUUAAAGUGGGGAUUGGACCAGGCUCUGUGUGCACCACUCGUAAGAAGACGGGGGUUGGGUACCCGCAGCUAAGCGCUGUGAUCGAAUGUGCUGAUGCAGCACAUGGCCUAGGGGGGCAUAUCAUCUCUGAUGGAGGAUGCACCUGCCCAGGUGACGUCUCAAAGGCGUUCGGUGCGGGGGCAGACUUCGUCAUGCUCGGCGGGAUGCUGGCGGGUCACUCUGAGUGCAGUGGCGAGGUCAUCGAGAAAAACGGACAGAAGUACAAGCUGUUCUAUGGCAUGAGCUCCGAAACGGCCAUGAGGAAACACGCAGGGGGAGUGGCCGAUUACAGGGCGUCGGAGGGAAAGACCGUGGAGGUGCUGUAUAAGGGCCCGGUGGACGUGACCAUGCGGGACAUCCUGGGAGGCGUGCGCUCCACCUGCACCUACGUGGGCGCGGGCAAGCUGAAGGAGCUGAGCCGCAGAACCACCUUCAUCCGCGUCACUCAGCAGCUCAACACCGUGUUCGGCAACAGCGGCUAGGCCCAACGAGCAAGGGUCUGCCGCACUGGCUCGGCCCGGUCCGUAUGCAUUUCUCUCUCUCUCUCUCUCUGUCUCUCUCACACACACAUAUGCACGGUUACGCACGCACAUACGCACACACACGCGUGCGCGCACGCACAGUCGCACGCACGGUCUAUGCCGUACGCACACGCUUUCCCGAGUCAGACAGACUCACCCUCUUUCCUGGACUCUGCCGCUCCAGAGCUCCUAUGCAGUGUCAUAAUAACGCCAGGCUGCCUCAAGGUUAGUUAUGAAUGCCGAUUUUAAUUUGGGAACAGUUCAUGUGUCUUGCAUGUCUGCAGGAACUUGUUUGGCCAGUUUUAAUUAGGAUGUCAGUGACAGGUCAAGUAAGCAUGAGCAGUAUUUUAUUGGACCGUAGUCAUACAGUGUCUCGGUGGUAGUAGUGCUGAUCAGAGAUCAGUUUUGCCUUUCAGCUCAUGAUGGAUAAGGUCUGAACAUGGGCAGGAAAACCUGAUCUUAGAUCAGCACUCCUACUCUGAGAGGCUUUAUGAACACGGGCCUGGAUCUAGCAAUUAAAAAUGACACUUUUAGUAAUGCUACUAACAGAGUAUUUCAAUAACUUCAUGGGGAUGUGAAGCACUUAGUAAUACUGUAUGACUUUGGUUCAUUAGAUUUUUACCUGUAAGAUAUGGCCUUACGUUCAAAUCUGAAAUUGACCUGUAUUUGCUACAAAAUUAAGCUGAAGUACUUUUUUUGCAGCUACUAGCACUAGGGCACAACCUUCCUGGAACAAGCUAGAUUGUGACGUCACUGGUCCACCUGUGGACGUUUUGGAGCAGUCAACCAGUGGCACAGUAGUUGUUGUCUCCUCAGAGGUAGUUCAUGAGAAUGUAUGUUUUGUUUGGUCAUACUCAUUUUAGGAUCCUGGGGCAAUAGACCUUCCUUAGGUUCUCUUUUUUUCCCCUCACAUUUCAUUGUUGAGCUCAUUGAAAGUCAGCAGUCUUGGCUUGAGCAGCCAGGACAAAAUAACCUGGUGAGGUCACAACCUUGCUGGUUCCAGUGCUAGGUAGUAGCUGCAAAAAAAAGUGAACUUCAGAUUUCACAUUCGAAUGCAGGGCCAUAUCUUAUCUAUGGUAAAAAAAAAAAAAAAAAUUUUUAAAAAGGCUAAUGAAUCUGAGCCAUAUUACAGAGGGCAUUACAUCCCCGUUACAUUUUUGGUGAGUGGGUAUUUUUGACUAAGUAGAAAAUCUAAUUUUAGUGUAAACACUGGAAUGAUUUUUCUCAGAUAGUCUAGCAUAAUCUGUUCAUAAGAUGUGGGGAACAUAAUUAAUGUGAGAUUUUUUCCUCUCACAUUUACAUGGUUACUUCCAAAAAAAAUGUUGGCCGUUAGCAAAUAGCAUUUUUUUAGAUUUAAAAAUAUUAUAUGACUAUCAUAAUAAUUGAAAAUGGAUUACAUGCUGGGUAGGGAUUGAGCCUACAAAGAAAAUCAUCUUUUUAAUCUAUGACCGUGUUAAGCGUUGCCUCAAGUAGGCUCAGGUGUGUAAAGGUGAAGGAAAGGAAAGUGUUUGGGGGAAAUUAACUAGUGUGCCAAGUUAGAAAUGGAGGAGGAGGCCUGUGUCUCACGAUGUACCUUUGACUGACAGAAAGCUUCUCCCUGGAGCUACUUAUGGCUUCAGUUGGAAAAGCUCCAGCUACAGCCACCCACCACCCCCACACACCCUUCUCCCUUAUUUCAACACGGGUUUGCCCAGUCCAGCAAGUAUCAAACGUGUUCAGCAUUAAAUCCAUUCCGUGUUAAGAUUUCCCACAUUUGUUUAACAGUUACACCAAGUAGUCUGAUUGCAACAAGUCAAUGAAUCAUUUGUUCAGGUGAUGUGGCUGCUCAAAGACCGGAGUGAUAUUUUUAAGUGUCUGCUUUUAAGUAUCGCACAAGUGUUUGUGCGUGUUUUAUACACCUCAUGAGUGAGUGAUUACUGAGUGGAGGUAUUUAUUUUUUUAAAAGACUUCCGGUUUUUUUUCCCAUUGCUUUCCGUUAAACAAAUGUACAUUUUAUUGAUUUACUGUCACUGGAUUUUCUGACCAAUAAAUGCAUUCCAUAAACUGU